AUGAAGGAGGUGUACAACAUCCUGCAGCGGAGUACAGCCAAGGGCCGUCUGCUCGCCGAACAGGUGUGUGUGGUCUCAGUCAGACAAUGCCGAGCAAUUGAACUCUCGUUACAGUUCCGAUCCGUUAACGGCAGCUUCGAGCCUAUAUGUUCCCAUAUCACGAAGGACUUAUGUGCGAAAGCACGUCGUCUUUCCGUGUCCAAUGCCGACCCUAAUGCGCCGCUCAGUAUCUGCGACCGCAUCCAUUUCCGCCCUCUCAUUCGCCCGCAUACGGACCCGUCGCUCGGCCAUUGUUCAUACCUCAAUACAUGCUACUCCGAACCAACAUAUGCCAUGGGUAAGGAGAAGGCGCCGUGUCGGUAUCUACACUUCGAGGUCGAUUGGGAUAUCAAUGAUGGUUCUAGUCAACCUGACAACAGAGUAGAGGUCAAGAAGGCGUACAAAAUGGGCAUUGGUUUGGGCCCUACUGGAAAGGAGACACCCAUACUCCCACCCCAAUGGCUCAACUGUGACCUACGGAGGUUUGACUACUCGGUCCUCGGAAAGUUUCAUGUGAUCAUGGCUGACCCUCCCUGGGAUAUUCACAUGAGUCUACCUUACGGCACUAUGACAGAUGACGAGAUGCGUGCAAUGCCGAUUCCUACGUUACAAGACGAGGGUCUACUCUUCCUAUGGGUCACCGGCCGUGCCAUGGAGGUAGGGCGAGAAUGCCUCCGCGUGUGGGGCUACACCCGCGUGGACGAAGUUGUCUGGGUCAAGACGAACCAGCUUCAACGAGUGAUUCGCACAGGCCGAACAGGCCAUUGGCUGAACCAUACCAAAGAGCAUAUGCUUGUGGGCGUCAAGACUGUCACCGAUGACUCGGGAAACCUCAAGUUUCCUUCAUGGGUGAAUCGCGGACUUGACACCGACGUGAUCGUGUCGGAAGUGCGAGAGACGAGUCGCAAGCCAGAUGAAGUGUACGGCUUGAUCGAACGUAUGUGUCCCGGCGGGCGCAAGGUUGAGAUCUUCGGUAGGAAACACAACACAAGGCCAGGGUGGCUGACACUUGGGAACCAAUUGGGUCCUGAUCAAAUUUAUGAGGAGGACCUAGCUGCAAGGAUUAAAGCCAGGUACGCUCUGCGGGGUGAACUGUAUGCGCUUUGCUCAUGCGGUCUGAAGGUAUCCUGA